UAUGUUGAACCCUCUUACAAAUUAUCCGACAUGUCAACUGCUAGAUUUGUCGGAAAAAUCUUCGGUCUUAAUGAUACAGAAUUACAAUUGAAAAUUGAUAAAUUAAAAUCCUUACCAAUUGAUUUAUACAUCCAGCAUGAUUUAAAAUUAAUAUUAUCCAAUUUAUCAAAUGACAUCUCCUCUUCUUACCAGCUAAAUGACUUUCAAAAUGAAGAAUCCUAUAAAUCUUGGAAAUCAAGAGAAUUUGAAAACGUUACGAAUCUAUUGAAAAAAAUCUUUAUCCCAAAUAUUAAACAAUUAAGUGAUCCUAAAUUAAACUCAUAUCUAAACUCAAAAAAUAACCUUUUUAUCCCAAAUUCGUUUUCAAAAAUUAAAAUUUACUUUACAAAAUUAAUUGAAUAUUCUAUAGACCAUGACUCUAAAAACAAUGAUUUAAAUAACAUUUUCUCAAAUACUUCCUACGAUUUUCUUCAAGAAAUAUCCAAAUUUUGGAGAAUCGACUAUUUUACUAGAUGCUCGUUGAUUUAUACCGCUUGCCAUAAUACUGUCUUGAAUAUGUCUCCGGCUUCAAAUUAUUUAGAUAUUGCAAGAGACUUGUACAGUAUUUGUGAAAGAAUAUCCUCUCUGGCUGGUUUCGAAUUGGACCCAAUAACUUGGCCACAUCCAGACAGAGAUGUUUGGCUAAAAAAUCUAUUCAUGAGUUAUACAAACGACAUGGAAAGUAUUAAAGAAUGUCUUUCAAACAUUUUUGAUUACCCUAAAUUUGGUAGCUUUACAACUUUUUACAAAAUUUUAUUAUUAGAUUCUUGUUUUAUUAAAAUUCGAAACUCAAAAUUCCCCAAAAAAUGGUUAAAGACAUUUAAAAUCACUUUAGCUGAAGCAACAAUCCAAAAAUAUAGAGAAAUCCUAUCAAUUAUUCCCAGGGAUCAAUCUGCAAAAUUUGACCAUCUCAAUUCAGUGGCAACUGAAAUCAUUUCAAUUAUUCAAACUGUCCAAUUAAAGUACAAAAAACCUCUACUAGAUAAUUUAUAUAGAAGUACUUUUAUAGCUUCUCAAUUUUUGUCUGCCUUUUCAAAUGAUGCCAAAACCAUUAUAGAUCACAUUGAAAGGAAUACUAAUAAAGAUGAAAUUGUUUUUUCCGAUGCUAUAGAACUUUAUAAAAAUUUAUCGGAAAUAAGAAGUAUCUAUUUUCAAGUGAUGGAAAAUCCAAAGCGCAAAUUUCCAUUUGAUAUUGAAAACUAUCUUUUUAAAUAUGCAUUGGAUUUUGUCAAUUCAAGUGCUGAAAGAGUUCCAACAUUAAUCCAAAAUGCAUUUAAUGAGGAUAAUUUUCAAUUAGAUUCAACGAAUAAAGUCAGUUUUUCGGUUAUUAUGAUUUUUAAAAUGUUGAACCAAUUGAUCAAUUCAGUUCGAGAUUUAGGUUGGCAAAACAAGUAUCAAGAAGCUGUAUUGAUUACAAACUUUGUAAAGGUUAUUUCUGAUGGAUUAAUUUAUUACUCGAAUUUAUUAUUUAAUAUGGUUGUUGAAGAUUUGAGGGAGAUUUCAGUGAACCAAAAUAUAAAUGCAACCAAUUUAUCCAAUUCAAGUUUACCAAAUGAGGAAGAGAGUUCAACAAAUCGAUUUUUCAAUCAAUUCAAAGCCGCUGUUUCAAGCAAAAAAGUUGAGCCGCCAAAUCCUUAUCAAUUUAAAGAAAGAACGUGUGUUGCAUUAAACAAUUUGCAAGCAAUGUUAGAUAAUAUUAACAAAUUGGAUGAGCAAAUUAAUCCUGAAUCCAUGUCUCAAAUAAUCAAAGAAAAUGAAACGAAUUAUGAUGAUAGAAUCAAGGGGCAUUUAUUUACGGUCCGAGUGUUGAAAGCAGAAAAUUUGCGAAGCAAUAAACCCAAUUCAUUACCAGAUACCACUGUUUCAAUUUACGAUGCUAUUGAAAGAAGACAGAUUUGUAAAACUAAACUUAUUAAAGAAGAUUUUAAUCCCGAGUGGGAUGAAGAAUUCGAAUUAGCAGUUCCUGCGGGUAGUAUGGGAUAUUUAUUUGCUACGAUUUGGGAUUAUUCAUCAGCACCGGAUAUUAUUGGAAGAGCUGAAUUCCAAUUAGAGCCAUCGAGAUAUGAUGAUGAUGGAUUACCACAAGAGAUUUGGGUUGAGUUUGCACAAGGUGGGAAAUUACUAUUGGAGAUAUCGAUGGAAAGCGAACGAAUAGAUGCAUUGUUUUGUCUUGGUAAGGCGUUUCGAUCGAUUGCUCGAACAAGAGACAGAAUAGCUAAAUUGAUGGUUAGCAAAUUUUCGACGUUUAUUUCGUUUGCAUUUUCAAGAGAUAACUUGAAGAUAUUUUGUGGUAGUAAUGAGUCAUUAAGACCAACAGACGAUUCAGCUAUGGAUAUAUUAGGAGAUUAUUUGAAUGCAAAUUUAUCAAUAUUAGCCACAUCAUUAACGCAUGAGUUGUUAUUAAAAGUUAUGGUUGAAACGUGGGAGGUUGUAUUGACAUCAGCAGAUGAAUUAUUGUUGCCAUCGUUAAAUAGUGUGAAGAAUUAUUUAUUGAAGGAUAAAAUUUCGGGAGGAUUUAAAUGGAAAAUUCUAUCGAAUCAAAUUGCAAAGAUAGGAAAGAAUACUAGAGCGUUGACUAUGAAUGAGAUAGAUACGAUUUUUUCGUGGUUAGAUUCAUUGUGUUCAUUUUUUUAUAAUGAUGGGGAUGGGCCACCAUUAAAGGAGUUGAAAGGGAGUGCCAAAUACCAAUUAUUAUUUUUGAUUCCGAUAAAUUAUGAUAGUGGAGCCGAUGAGAUCAUCAAAGAGGUAGAAGGACUAAGUGAAGAAGUUCUAAAAGAGUUGACUGAGAGGAAUUAUUUUGAUAUCAAUGACAGUAAUAAUAGCAGUAAUGGUGCUAACAGCAGUAAUGCCGGUACUAUUGCAAGGUCCAAAACAGUUAUGGCUAAUGGUAGUGCCAGAGCUAGAAAAGAAACCGAAAAUGAGGCCAAAAAGGCCAAAUCUAUUAUUUCGUAUAUUUCAAAAGAAAAUAUUUUGUUGAGGAUAUUAAUUACGAAGGGAGAGUAUGGCAAAUGUUAUGUUGCGGGAAGAAUUGACCAAAGAGAAGAAUUGGCAAAUGGAAUUCAUUCAGAAAAAUUAGCAAAAGCCAUAUCUCAA